AUGAGUGUCCUUCAGAGAAGUCAGCAAGAGAAGUCAGCAUCGGUGAAUCUUGAAUGGCCUCGGGAUGAGUUGAUCCGUCCUGGACAGUCAAUCGCCCAGCAGAUUGACGGUCUGCGCACCAACCUCUCCUACCGUAUCCGCUUCUUUUGGGUCAAGUUCGAUACACCUUCGGCAACAGCAGGCUGCCAGCUGAGUGCUACCCUUGGCGGCCAGGACCUCGGAACUGUUUCUCUGCUGCCACCGAGAACGCCCAAUAACGUCUUUGAGGAAUAUGUCUCCGCGGUUCACCAACCUUCCAGCCCAGCGGAAGAGCUCAGGAUCAGAAUGGACUGCGGCAGUGCCGGUCAAACCAACAGAUUCUACGUUGACGAUGUGUCAAUUGAGUAUCUUUAG